CAAAUCCUUUUAGAACUCCAAAGUGAAAGAACUUCAAACCUAAAGAACACAAACAUUGUGAACUACUAGGGUUUUGCAUAACGCUCAGGCACCAUUAACAUGGGAUCGCUUGCUUUUGAAGAUGAAGAAAUGACAGUGGAAGUUAGAGAGGCUUCACCAAAGACACUAUUUGUUGAAAAUUGAGUCUUUCUCCCUACUUUCAGAGAGUGGCAUUGAGAAGUUUGAAUCAAAUGAAUUUGAGGCUGGUGGUUAUAAAUGGAAAAUGAUCAUUUAUCCUGAUGGAAUGGGAAGCAAUAAGGGAAGUGAACAUAUUUCAGUUUACUUGGCCAUUUCAAGGACUAGUUUCCUGCCUGCUGGUUGGGAGGUCAAUGCUAUAUUUACCUUCUUUGUGUUCAAUCAACUCUGUGACAAUUAUCUUUCAGUGCGAGGAAAAAUGCGGCGCUUUCAACCUAUCAAGUCUUUAUGGGGACUUCCCAAAUUUCUUUCUCACAGAACAUUCAAAGAGGCCUCUAACGGAUACCUUGCUGAUGACAAAUGUGUCUUUGGAGCAGAGGUAUUUGUCGUCCAAAGGCAAGCAAUCAGUGAAUGUUUGUCCAUGGUAAAAUCUAAUGACUCAUUUAAGCGUGAAUGGAGGAUCUGUAAUUUCUCCAAUCUUGGCGAAGAUUGGUUUUCUGAAGAAUUUACUGUGGGAGAUUACAAAUGGAAGCUCUGGCUAUAUCCAAAAGGCGAUGUAAAAAAUAAGGGGCGUAAUAUCUCAAUAUUCUUAUGUUCUGUUGAUGCUAAGGACUUUGAUCGCCAUCAGAAAGUGAAGGCAAAUUGCAACAUUUGCCUCAAGGAUCAGAUAAAUGGUGGAUGCAAAAAGCUAUCUUAUUGUAUUUGGUUUUCAACUACCAGGGUAAAUUGGGGUUUUCCAGGUUUUAUGCCUUUAACUGAGUUGCAUGAUCAGAAAAAAGGUUAUCUUGUCAAUGAUUGCAUUGUGGUGGAGGUUGAGCUGGAAGGUGUGUUUAAGCACAGCGUAAAGAGCUUAUCUUAACUUUGUUUACAAUUUAUUAGUAGCUGUGGGGGUCUCUCCAAGCAGUAGUUACUGUCCCUCUGGUAAAUACUAACCCACAGCAGGUGUUAACACAUUUUGACUUUCUUCCCUGCCCCUCAUUGUUACUGGAGAAGUUGUCAAGCCCAAUUUAUAUCCAACUAGUUUGUUAUGAAUAUCAUUUUUCUAGGUAAUAACUUUGUAUUA